UUUUGGACACUCCUCUCCAGCUCCAUUCCCGUUCUCUCGACAACCUCUAAGCUCUCUCUCCAAUGGCGUCGAUCAACUUCAACUUCUUCGACAACUGGUUCACCAAACCCCCGAACCCAAUCCCUCUCUUGAACCUCAACGCCAUCGCUCAGUCGCUCUCCCCCAACUCCCAGAGCGCCCCCAACUUCGCUUCCCUGAGCUCAAGCGUCAAACCCAAGAAGCCUGACGACGAGCCCGACAAGAAGGACGGCAUCUACACUCAGAUGCUGGACCAGUUCUUCUGGGAAUGCGAGAACUUGCCCGAUUACAGGCACACCCCCGAGGUCGAGAAGAUCCUGAACGAAGACCCGGUCUUCGAGACCAAAGAGAACCCCACCGAGGAAGAGGUGAAGGAGAACGAGAGAUGGUGGAAGGAGUUCAGGUCGAGCCCCGUCGUGCAGUUCAUGGAGCGAGCCGAGGAGAUUGCGGAUAAGUACAACGAGUUGGAGCUCCAGGAGAAUGAUGAGCCGUACAGGGACGAGGAUAAGAAGCUGUGGCAGGCGGUCCCGCACGUGCCGGGGCUCGACGGCCGCCCGAUGCCGAGGAAGGCGAUCAAGACGAGGAAGGAGAGUGAUGACAAGUUCUGGGAUUUCGCGCGGCAGUUUUUCUUCGGGCUCUGGGGCUUCAGGCAACGGCCAUACCCGCCGGGGCGGCCCAUUGACGUUGCACAGGCUAUUGGGUAUAAGCGCCUCGAGAAGCGGUAUUAUGAUUUUAUCAUGAGGAGUGGUGGCUGGUACUAUAAGGAUCGAUUGGGUCGAACUCGAGGACCAAUGGAACUAAUACAACUUAAAACAGCUUGGGGUGCUGGAAUAAUUGACAAGGACACAUUCGUUUGGGGUGAGGACCUGGAUGAAUGGGCUCCAAUUCAUAUGGUUUAUGGACUAGAACCUGCCAUUGCCACAUGGGAAGUGAGACUAGGUGCUGCGGCCACUGCAUUCAUUCACAAACUCCAGAAAGGAAUACCUCCUUGGGUACCUCUCAAGGGGCAAGAGAAGAAAACUUACAAGCAGCUCCAGCAAGAAGCUAUAGAAAGCAAGAGACGCGAUCUAGCGGUACUCGAAGCCAAUGAUGGUGUUUGGCCUGGAAUGAGAAUUCCAAGUCAUGCCCUAUUUCUUUGGGCUGGUGGUUCAGAACUUACAACCAUUUUAGAAGCUGACCACAUGCCAAACAAGUACAUCCCAAAAGAUCUCAGGAUCCAAUUGGCUAAAGUAAUACCUGGUUUAAGGCCUUGGGAAGUUUUGAGCGUUGAACAAGCAAUGGAUCAGAUAACAUAUGGUGGACAAUGGUACCGUCUACCCCUUGGUACUUACCAUACAGGUCCUCCAUACAUCCAGCAUUGGAACAAGGAUGUUAAGAGAAUGUUUAGGAUAUUCUUCAACUUGAGCACUAGAGUGUACAACAAACUAGACAGGACUAUACCUGGUUUUACCCAAAUAAUGGAGAAAGUCCACGCUGACUCGGCUGCAAGGGAUGCGAGACGCAAGGAGAGGAGGGAAGCACAAAAGAGAGCCGAGCAGGAGGAGGCCAUGUAUGGUAGAGCUCGGAAAAGCCCAUAGCAUCGCCUAUGGUCGUUGCCCUGCGGUUCAAAUGAUACAUCUAAGAUCUAUUACUGAUUAAUUUAACCUGUGCAUCAUCACUUUAAAAAGCAGAUUCCUCUUAUUCUGCAUAUAUCGGUGAUGGCUCAUUUUGAGAUCAGAAUUAGUUGUUCGAUAGUGCCUUCAAACCCUUGAAAUGCAAGGUUUGUCGUUUGUAUUUUGUCCGUUCGAGGGAAGAGAACGCUAACUAAGUGAAAUCUACUUUUCAUUUGGGGCUUGUCAGGUUGAAUGAAUUGCCUGUGUUUCUGUAUUGAGAGGAUUGGCAUUAUGCAUCUUGUAUUAGAUGGGGCUUCAUGUUGUUCCAGUAUCUCUCUGCAUAAGAUUGAGAAUGGAGGAGCGGGCAGAGUUAAAGCUUGU